CAUCCGUUCAUCCGUUCAUUCGUCCAUUCGUCCAUUCGUCCAUUCGUCCAUUUGUCCAUUUGUCUAUUUGUCCAUUUGUCCAUUUUAUUCGUCCAUCCAUCCAUCCAUCCAUCCAUCCAUCCAUCCAUCCAUCCAUCCAUCCAUCCAUCCAUCCACCCAUCCGUCCAUCUUUUCGUCCAUCCAUUUCUCAGUCCAGCCAUUCAUAGCCAAGACAAUUAA